CGAAUGCCACAAGUCAAGUUUUACCACGCAAAAACCGUAAUGGCCUGUUGGUUUAAGUCACACGCUAGUUUCUCGCUGCCCAAACUACAAGGAGGAUAAACAAGUGAUACCCCAGCGUCUUCGCAUCGAAAAGAAUUAGGUUAGGCGGACCGGCCAACGCUGCACAGCUGAUUGCGAAUAAGUUUGCAUACAUCUUCUUCAUCGGGUUUUCACCCUCAUAGAUUCUGAAUGUACUUUAUUGACUGCAAAAUGCGUGACGAUUUGGAUGCUUUACUUGUGACGCCGGGGGAACGAUACUGUGAUUGCAAAGAGGACUGUCUAUGUGGCGAGCAAAAUGAGAUAGAAUGGCAGUGGGACGAGAAAUAUGCCAGCAAGACUUUGCGCCUUUCAAAAAUGAACCUAGAGGUGAAUUUCAACCCCGGCUACAGCAUGGGAACCUCGGCUGUUCGAGGUAACAAAUUAAUGGCCAGUGGAAGACAUCAUUAUUGGGAGGUCAAAAUGAUCACCCAAGUUUACGGAACUGACAUUAUGAUAGGCGUCGGCACAAGCAAAGUAAACUUAGAAAGUUUUGGUCUCACUUUUACUUCAUUACUUGGUCUUGACUCGGAGUCUUGGGGUUUUUCGUACAAAGGAGAUAUUCAGCAUCGGGGACAGAAGCAGAAGUACAGCCUGCCCUUUGCACAAGGUAGUCUUGUCGGAGUUCAUCUGGAUACAUGGAGAGGGACAUUGGAGUUUUAUUUGAAUAGAAAACCACUUGGAAUCGCUUUCACUGGACUUAGAGGCUUAGAAUUAUAUCCAAUGAUCAGUUCCACAGCUGCACAAAGCAAAAUACGCAUAACGCACAGCAGCUCAAUCCCAGUGACAUUACAACUUGAGUGCUUGGCUGCCCUGAAACCCUCGCUCCGAACUAUGCUACUAGAGGGUUUUCCUGGUCUCCGCCAUCUCACGACUAGCAUUUUCGCUAAUAUACUGCAAAGCAGUUACACCAAGGACGAAGAUGAAGUAUCGGAAGAUUUUAAUAUUCUGGAUGAAUUCGAUGUUGCGGUAGUAGGUUUUAAGAAGAGUAGACGAAGCUUGACCCAAGACGAUGGCAGUAUGCCUGGCACUGCGAGACGUGAAUGUGAAAUGUGUGGGAAUACGACUUCUGUUCUAUUUGCUCUACCUCUAUGUACAAUAUGCUGCGACUGAGACCAUUGCGCUAAUGAUAGGUUGUAGCUUGAACGUGCGAUAGUAUCGCACAGCAGGUUUUCUCAUCUUUUAAAUCAGGUGAGCCAGGCUGUUAUACUUAUUCUAAUUUCGACGAUAUGUAAACAAAAGUUUUUGCAUUAAACUUAUUUCAUGUUGUAAAGUUGAUGUAUAUUCAUGUCUUUAUUUAUAUUUCCGGUGUUUUGAUUUUAAGACUUUCAAGUAAAUAUGUAUAUAAAAAAAUGUAUGUAUAUGUGUAUAUAUAUAUAUAUAUAUAUAUAUGUAUAUAUUUAGUAGUUAUUCUGAAAAUUGUAUCUCAAUAAGAUGUAAAGGACAAAACCUACAUUCAUAAAAUUUUCAACUUUUAUUAAAAAAUUAAAAUACUCCUUCAACA